CCCCCUUCUCGCUUCUCGACGCGUCAUUCUUCGAGACGACGCUCAGCGAGCAACGCACAAUUCAGGAAGGAUGGGAUUCUCUUAGCGUCGGCACUCCGGCACCUUCCCAUUGGGACUCUCCCGUGUGAUCCCGGUUCCUCGACCUCGCGUUGCCGAGUGCAUCUGCGAGAACGAGAGGGAGAGAGAGAGAGACAGAUAGACCCGAUUAUCCUCGGACGUUUCCUCGGUUCACCUCGCGAUUCCCUCAGGAUAACACUCGCGGAGACUGUCCUCGGUAGCGCGACGGCAGUGUCUUAUGACUCGUUCCCUGCGCUCCGGCCCAGUUAUGUUCUCGAUCGAGUACAGCAAGCAAUUCCUGAGCUACCGUAUACUCAAGUCCAACCGGUUCAAGUACAUCUGACGAUACGGACUCGGACUACGUGGUAAAGGGUGCGAGCAGAGUGGUGUGUGUGCGUGGUGCCGCGGACGACUUCUCGUACCUACGGUGCUCAGGAAGCCGGAGAGGACGCUGUCCCGGCAAGACCUGGAAAGUCUUGUGUCAGAGUCCGAUGAUCGGGUCGUUUACCACGGCGAGGUGGGCUUGUUGAGGCAGCGGGACGAUUACCCGUCAGACCUUCGGCGUAAAAAGUCGUCGGUAGGACGAAGCUUUCGGCGCAUCUGACACAGAGAGAGAUCGCCUUUAUCUCGAGGAAAAUUGGAUCGAGAGUAGUAGAGUGAAUUGUUUUUCAUUAAAAUUCGAUACGGGAGCAUGCGUAUUUAUCAUUAAGGGAUCUCGAGGGAGAGAAGCGAAAUUCUCCGGGAGGACUCGUUAAAAUUUCAUCGCGAAGCGUCUCCGGGGCGGAAGGGUUGCUUGAUCGCUCGCCUGGCGCAGCGGCUGAUGUCUUUGUCGUCGAGAAAGCUCUAAUCGGAAAAGUCAGCCGGACAUCAUCGGAUAGCGGCGUUCAUUAGCGAGACGAAGGAUCCUUGGCGGCCGAGGGGCCAUCGAGGAGUCAGGGCUGCGAUUCAUCUAGGGCGACGACAUCGCUCGGGGGCCACGAUACGCUUGUAUAUCGGCCCGUGAAUGAUCAUUAAAAGCGAGCAUCGAGCGGCAGGAUCAGAGCGGCGAGCGGAAAGUGAAAUCACUCGGAAAUUCCUCCUCCGAGGGAACGAGAGGAAGACCUCCUGAGAGGGGAGGGGUACAUACGGGGACGCGUCUAUACUGAUUUUUCGCGGCGGUAUAUACACACAUAUAUAUAUAUAUAUAUAUAUAUGUAUAUACGUACACAUUCACGCGCGCAUAAUCAAGCCGCAUAAAACGCGAAUUAAACGGAGUCUCACUAAUUAAAGCGGGUAAUCGAGCGAAAUCUGCACGUCUUUGGUCAAAUCGGCGAAGUCGGUGUAUAAAGUCGAUAUAGAGAGAGAGAGAGAGAGAGAGAGAGAAAGAAAGGAAGGGCGACCGCGCGAGGCAAAAGAAGAGCGAAAAACAAAAGACAAACAUGAUCGUUUACGUUCCGGGCAGAAUGCCAACUCACGUUGGUCCCUACGGCGCCGCUCGUUACCCGGGCACCCUGCUAGGAGCUGUCCCGGGUUUUUACAACCCGGUUUCCGGCUACUCCACCAGCCCAGGCUCGAGCUACUACGGGAGCAUCAGUAUCCAGCACCAACAGCAGCUGGACCUUCCGGUUUGGCCGCGAAGGAUGCCGGCCGAGGAGGAACUGGGAAACUCCUCUCCGUCCGCCGGACUGACCGGACUGGGGGUAUCUCCUGGCGCUCUCGGCAACGGCGGCCCACCGAGUCCGGCGCACAGCGACUCGGACGCGUCCAGCUCCAGCUUGGAACUGGGUUCCAUCAGGGGGGCCGAGAACGCUCAAUUAAAAUGCAGAUGGCAAAAUUGCGACAAAAGGUUCGCGUCCCUGGAGCAACUCGCGGGUCAUGUGGCGAGGUUGCACGCGGCCCCGGGCGCGCGAGGUCUCUUCUACUGCGGAUGGGAAGGCUGCCCGAGGGGCGAGCGUGGAUUUAACGCGAGGUACAAAAUGCUGGUCCACGUGCGCACGCACACGAACGAGAAGCCGCAUCACUGCUUCCAAUGCGACAAGAGCUUCAGCCGGGCGGAGAACCUGAAGAUCCACGCGCGCUCGCACACCGGCGAGCGGCCGUACGUCUGCCCGGUCGAAGGUUGCAACAAGGCCUACUCGAAUUCCUCGGACCGAUUCAAGCACACCCGCACGCACUCGGUGGACAAGCCGUACGGCUGCAAAGUGCCAGGCUGCCCGAAGAGGUACACCGACCCGUCGUCCUUGAGAAAGCACGUCAAGACCUACCGCCAUUACGUGAACAACAACGACAAGCUUCAAGAGAAGAGCUUCGACGACGGCAACGUCCACCAUCCGGAGAAGACGCCGACGAGAUACGACGCGCUCUCGCCGGACAAGCAGAGCAGCAGCGCGCACUCCGAGUCGGACUCGAAGAAGGACUCGAGCAUCGAGAGCAACACUUCGGCCUCCAGCCCGAAGGCCAGCAACAGCUUCGAGGAGCAGCGCAACUUCGUCGAGUGGAAGAACAUGUACAAUCUGCAGGAGCAACGGAAAGAGCAGGAGCAGCCGGUGAUCAGCCCGGCGAAGCCGUACGAGGAGGACGUGAAGAUCUACUCGACGAUGUUUGACGAAAGCUACAUCUUACCGGAGAGGAUCCAGGCGAAUCCCCUGUACGCUUCCGCCGGAGGCAACGCCAUCAUCAAGGACCGCUCCGCGAUGUCCUCGCCGCCGCACGCGAGCCCGGGCCGCUUGUCUGACACGAUGCCGCGCAUCGGCAUGCAAUCGACGCCCAUAAAGAGCGAGGAGCCGAUGGACUGCGGCGGCUGCACCAAGACCACCAUCAGCACCACCAGCAGCAGCACCGCCAGCACGACGGUCGACUACAGGAACAUCGACUCGAUCGUCAACAGCACGCCCUGCAAGAAGGAGAACACGAUCGACCCGGUGAGGCACUCGGUGAUCAAGCGUGCCGAAGACGUGAAAAUGGAGGUGGUGCAGAUGGAGCACACGCCGCUCAAGGAGGAGUACAAGGACGCCGCCGGCGACUGCUGCUGCCGGCACAAGUGCUGCGUGCACAGCAACGACGGCUUCCUCGGCAAGUCGCUGUUGUCCGACCUGAUCCUCCGUGCGCGGGACCCCGUGGUUCAGCGCUUGCUGCAUUCGGUGGAGCUGCAGUACGGGCUGCAUAACGUUUGGAGCAACAUCGCCGACACCGGCAACACCUGCGGCCUCAGGCUGAAAAACGAGGCCGUCGUCGAGAUGGAGCAGGACCUGCCGUUAGACUUGACGGUCAACAAGUAGAAAAAGCAAUCGGAAGAUCGGCUCGUGGGAAACCAAAAGAAAACCGGAGGGGAAAAAAUUCACAGAUAUCCGGGAGAAAUUUCUCCAUAUAUAAUUAGAUGUAAUUCUAUGUAAUUAAAUGUAAUUAUAUAUA